GUGUAGUGUUGUGUACUUGUAGUGUCCGAUUGUUGAGCGACUGGCCAACUCACUCAUGAUGCACGGCCGUAAUAACGGCAAGAAGCUGAUGACAGUACGAAUUGUUAAACACACGUUUGAAAUCAUCCACCUUCUCACAGGCGAGAAUCCUGUUCAAGUAUUGGUCGAUGCAAUCAUCAACAGUGGACCACGAGAGGACUCGACGAGAAUCGGUCGUGCGGGUACAGUGAGACGUCAGGCAGUCGACGUGUCUCCACUACGGCGUGUCAACCAGGCCAUCUAUCUGUUGUGCACUGGAGCUCGUGAAGCUGCCUUUCGUAACAUCAAGUCGAUUGCCGAGUGUCUGGCCGAUGAGCUCAUGAAUGCCGCCAAGGGCUCGUCCAACUCGUAUGCUAUCAAGAAGAAGGACGAACUAGAGAGAGUAGCCAAGUCUAAUCGCUAACACUUUGUGUUACGAAAAGGUAGUGUCGGCAGUGCUUGAGCUUCUGAUUUCAAAACAUGUCCAUGAAACGU